AUGAAGUGGAGUGUCCGGGGAGCCUGCGCCGCGCUCUCCAGCUGCCUCCUGCUCGCCUGCGCGCUGAGCGCCGCCGCCGUGGGCCUCAAGUGCUUCUCGCUGGGCUCCGAACUGAAGGGGGAGCCCUUCCGCCUCGGCACCGCCGCCGGCGCCUUCUACUCGGGGCUGCUGCUGGCCGCCGGCCUCUCGCUGCUCGGCUCCGCGCUCUUCUGCUGCCGCCCGCCGGACGAGGCGGCGGCGGGCGCCGAGGGCGCGGGCGCAGCGGGCCGGGCCGGGCGCGCGGGCAGCCAGGUGGCGGCGGUGCCGGUCAGCGGAGACGCCGCCCCGCCGCUGGCGCCGGCCCCGCCGCAGCCCCCCAAGGCGCCCCCGGGCGGGCGGCAGAACUUCCUGCUGCUGGGCGUGCUGGUCUUCAUGCUGGGCGUGCUGAGCGCCUUCGCCGGGGCCGUCAUCGACGGCGACACCGUGUCGCUGGUGGAGAAGAAGUACUCGCACUACUGCCUGCUGCAGGGCGGCGCGGGGGCGCCUCUGCGGGCGCGGCCGGCCGCGGGGCCCCCCGACGGCUCGGCGGGCGCGCUGCGCUGCCAGAAGCUGCGCGACUACCAGCGCGGCUUGGUCAUCUCCACCAUCUUCAACGCCCUCGAGUGCCUGCUGGGCCUCCUCAACCUGCUGCUGGUCAAGAACUACAAGGCGGCCCAGCGGCGCGGGCUGCGUCGACGGCGCCGCCGCAGGCACCAGCACGCCCUCGGCGCGGGCCGGCGGAGAAGGUGCCGGGGCGGCGGCGGCGGCCCGGCGGGCGGCUCGGGGGCCGGCGGGCGGCGGCCUCAGCGGCCGAGCCAGGGCUCCAUCUUCUCCAGCGAGGACCCCGACCUCUCCCCCGGGGGCGACUGCGCCUUCCAGGCCGUCUCCUACAUCAACGUCGGCGUCUUCCACGUGUUCGACGAGGCCGGGGUGGAGGUGCACUGCGGCGGGCACCCCUCCAUCGAGCUGCCGGGCUACUCGCCCAUGGACCCCGACCUCAACGCCUCCUACCCUUACUGCUACCCGCUGCCCAACGAGCAGCCCCCUGCCUACGAGGAGAUCUACCCCCGGGAGGCCCAUGCCAACCGCCUCUGAGGGCAGGCUGGAGCCGGACCCCCGUGGGCAGCCGCGCUGACGGUCGCCCUGCCAGCUUGGAAGGGAUGGCGGCCUCCCUGGGCAAAGGGAACGAGACACGGAGGCUUC